AUGCCUCUAACCCCCCCUCAAGUCGAAUCCGAAGCCCAUGAAUCAGUCGACACCAUCUCGACAAUCGAUCCAUAUAACCUACUCAACCUAACCGUCAUCACACCCUGCUCCUCCGCCCCCAACGCCCACAAUCUCGCACUCCCAAUGCUCUACCACCUCCUCACCUGCGGCCACAUUAUCACCAUCAACCACCCUGACCGGCGCUGCGCCCGUAACUGUCACCACACCAUUCCCACUCCCUCGUCGCACUCCAGCGAAUUCCCAGAGCCACAGUGUGCACAAAGCGACGAUAAAACCACCUUCACCGAUGCCUGCACCGAUAUCCAUACCGACACCAUCUACUGCGAGAUCUGCACGGGAAUCCCGUUUGAUAACUAA